AGUAUUGCCACCGCCGCCGCCAAGCCUCCUCCUCCACCGCCGCCUCUAUCAGUAUCUCUUCCUUCGUCACCGAAACUCCGGAGGGAAACAACGGAGCUUCGGAUCCGACCCGAGAUGGACUCGAUGAGACUCUGAUUAAAUCGAUAACGGUUUACAGAUACAGGAAGGGAGACGGAUUCGUGGAAUCUUCGGACUGUUCAGUUUGUUUGUGUGAGUUUCAGGAGAACGAGCGGUUGAGGUUGUUACCUGAGUGUAACCACGCGUUCCACGUGGCGUGUAUUGAUACGUGGUUGAAGUCUCACUCUAACUGCCCUCUCUGCCGCGCCUUCAUCGCCGGGAACGUUGAAUCCGUCUCCGCAUCUAAUCAGCGAAUCUCCGCAGCGAACGAUGGCCACCGUCUGAGUGAAGAUUCCGUCGUUGUUGACUUAGAUCUGGAAAUGGCCAGAUCUCGGGAUGAGACGGUGGCUAACGAGAACGGCAGAUCGACGCCGAAACCACCGGAGCGAGAAGAUCGGAGAUCGGCGUCGGUAAAUUCAGGCUCCGUGGUCUUGAUCGCCGAUAUACUCAGGGAGAUUGAAGACGACGAGGAGGAAUCAGCGGGUGUAGGGACGUCUCGGCGUGGAGGAGAUGAGGAAGGAGAGAAGACGCCGCCGCCGUCGUCAGAGUCGGCGGCGAGUCAAGCAGGCGGAGGAAUUUCGAAUUUUCUGGGGCGGAGUUCAGUGGCGGGUAAAUUUGUUAGAACCAGAAAUUACCGUUUACCGAAUUGAAACAAAAACGGUUAAUUUUAGAAAAUUUGAUGCGAAUUAGCUUAUCCGGUUGGUAAUCUUAUACCGGUUAGAGAGAAUCAUUGUUAAACCAUUUGGAAACAGAGAGCAAUUUUCUCUCUUUAUGUGUAAAGUUUUGAAAAUUACUGCCCAUUUAUUCUGAAGUAUCUACUUUAAAUUUAUUCUGUAUGCUUUUUAAAAAAAAAAUAAUGUCGCCACCUAGAAUAUAAGUAGCAUUUCAUAGUUUCAUA